AUGGAGGUAUCUCUUUCGUUUACGAAGUGUAACCCCGCAUCGUGGUCAAAAUCCCGAGGUCUGGAUAAUUUGAAAGGGAGCAAUUCCAAAAAGAGCUUGAGAUACACCGAAUGUUCUCACAAAAUCCACCUUGCCACUAUAUUGUCCAGUACAGCGAUAUAUUUUCUACUAAUCUACUUCCUAAAUAUGUGGCUUUCUUCAAGGAUACAAAAUAAUCAUCUUCUGGACCAGCAAAAUAUGGUGAUAUCUAUAGUGGAAAAGUUGGAGCCUCUUUCCCUCCGAAUAAAACGAAUAAACAAUCUCGCUCAAACCGACGCUUUCUUGGAAUCUCUCAAUGUCGCCCAUGGCGAUCUACGCCCUGAAAAUAUCCAACUUGAUCGCAAUCGACUAAAAUUAUCCGAUUCUGGUUGUACGGCGAAAAUUGGAACAUUCUACGAAGGUUGUGCGGGUCCUUAUAGUACUUGA